AACAUGACCCGGAUGUUGAACGUUUGUUGUGAGCAGAAAGAAUAUCGAGGGUCGAAAGAUUGCUGCAGGAUGCUUUUUAACCGAUGUGUCAGCUGAUAAACGUUGCACUUACAAAGGUUGAAGACCCUUUGAGUUGGAGGUCAAAAUAAGCACAUCUGCACGAUUGCUUUGAGGAGACAUUAUUUUGACCUCUGCUGGACUGCGACCAGAACCAUGUCGAACAUUCUGAUCAACGUGAGCCUUUCUGACGAGCCUGCGCAGAAGAGGCCACCGCCGGUAAACUGGAAAAACAAAAACAUGCGGUAUCGUAAAAAGCCCUCCUCUCUGGAAGGAAGGAAUCAUUACAACCACAGAACAGGACAAGUCCUGCCUCCACGGCAAAAUGGAGCAAAUCAUUCAGCGCCUCCGACUUCCUCGAACAACACGACUUUACCGUCAAACUCACUCUGCAGCGCCCCGCCUUCAACGUCCGCUCAGUGCCAGGAAAAACCAAAUGAUGCUGGGAACACAAAAGCAUCGCCCUCGUGCUCCAGCAGCCAGAAGCCCACCACCACUCAGUCCUCCUCCUCAGCAGCAAUGCCCACCAAGUUCCUGGCCAUCGACUGUGAGAUGGUGGGCACGGGGCCGAAGGGCAGCAUCAGCCAGCUGGCCCGCUGCAGCCUGGUGUCGUACGACGGAGACGUGGUCUACGAUAAGUUCAUCAACCCCCCCGUGCCCGUCACGGACUACCGGACCCGGUGGAGCGGCAUCCGACACCGAGACCUCGUCAACGCCACGCCUUACAUCGAGGCCAGGAAGGAGAUACUUCGGCUGCUGAUGGGCAAGGUGGUGAUCGGACACGCCAUCCACAACGACUUCAAGGUGCUGGGCUACGCGCACCCCGGGGUGCUGACCAGAGACACGUCCCGCAUCCCGCUCCUCAACCAGAGGGCCGGCUUCGCCCCCAACGAGGUGGCCUCGCUGAAGAGACUCACCAAGGCCAUCUUCAACAGAGACAUCCAGACUGGGAGGAAGGGCCACUCCUCGGUGGAGGACGCCCGGGCCACCAUGCAGCUCUACAGAGUGGUGGAGGAGCAGUUGGAGAGGACUCUGGCCUCAAAAGCUCAGAACACCUAGUGCCAGCUUUCAAGAGACCACAUGGAAAUAAAACCGGGUUUAAAUUGGACUUUUUUUGGUGUGUUUUGGAUGGACUCACCCCCCUGCUGUCCUGGUGACGUGUGAAUGAAGAAACCAGGUUCCUGACCUCCAGCUGGAUUCUGAUAUCAUGGGAGAUAAAAGCCUUCAGUUUCAGCUGCUCCUUCUCAGGGUUUGCAUUGUGUCUUAAGGUGCUCCUGCCACUAGGGGGCAGUCAUGUUUUCGUCCAGGCAACAGCACAUGAUCACAAACAUGAUGAAAACAAAUAUUAUUUUCUACAAAGUAAGUGAGUUCAAUUCAACUCAGUCAUGCCUACACCUCUGUGGUCUUCAUCUGUUUCCUUUAUGAUAUUCAAAACUAUUUAAAAUCUGACUAUUGCCCCUUUAAAAACUCAAUAAAAAAGAACUAAAUUAUGCUUGAGUAGAUUUUAAACACAACUUUAAAGUCGGACAACAUUGCCACUAAAAGAACUUCCAUGUCAGUGUUUUUUUAAAUUGCUUUAAGUGGAUAUCAAAGACAAUUUUAACUCUUACAAUAUGCUAUGAAAAUUCUCACUUUUAAAAUGUUUCUUUUAAAUAAUUUCUUUGUGGAGAUCAACAUCAAUUUAAAGUCUGACAACAUCGCCAAUAAAAAGCUCAAGUUCAAUAUAAAAUAUGUCUUGAUUACGCUUGAGAAGAUAUCAAACACAAUAUAACGUCUGACAACAUUACCACAAAAAAAAAAUUAUUUUUCUUCAGGGACGUUUUUUCUACUUCGUCAUUUUCAGAUACACGUGUUUAAAUGUGACUUGCGGGUGAAAAACCCCCCAAAAAAAAAACCUUUAUUUGUUUAUUUGUUGAAAUACUGGAAGCAUGGCGGUCUAGAGAGAAGACACUGUUACAAAAAAGUAGUUGGUGAAGAAAAAAAGAUCAUUUUUAUUAUCCAUAUGUGAAAAAUAUACAUUUAUUUUGUUCAGUUUUGAUGCAAACAAUGAUGUUCUUCAUGUAUUUAGACUUGGUUUUAGAAGGUGGCUCUCAUUAGUUCACUCAUUGUUUUAAAAUGUAAAAAAAAAAACUCUUUUUUUAGGAAAAACUGCAAGUAUGGACAGUUAGACAGAAGGCACUGUUAAAGUAGUUGGUAGAGUAUAUUGCCAGAAAACAUUAUUGUAUAAAAACGUGAAGAUUACACAGAGUGAGAAUGUUAAUUCAGUCCCUGGUUAUUCUCAUAGCCGAGCCUUUAACAUCCAAUUUCCCCAAAAACCUAAAGUAACACAUGGAAACCUCCAUUUCAUGACUUUAUUUAAAUACUUCAUUAGACCCUUUCUUGUUAAAAAAUCUCUCCUCUCUCCGCUCAGUGACUGUAAAAUGUAUUUUGGGAAUAUGGAAGUUUGUCUGUGGGAGUUCGUCGUACUGUUUCCUAUGCAACGUCUGACGGGUUCCGAUGUCUGCUGUAGAUUCAGAUUGGUGCUCAACUUCAAUAAAUCAUUUCCACAAUCAUU